AUGUAUUCAGUAUAUAAACAGAUACAUAAACCAACUGGUAUAGAACACAGUAUUUACUGUAAUUUAUACAGUACAGAUGAAAAGAAUUUAGUUCUAGCUGGUGUCAAUCAACUUUCUAUUUAUAGAUUAAAUAUAGAUGCUGAGGUUAUUACAAGCAGUGAUGGUGAUAAAUCAGAAGAAAGUAGACGUACAAAGUUAGAAUGUGUUGGUACCUAUAGUUUAUUUGGUAAUGUGAUGUCAUUACAAGCUGUAAGAUUGCCUGGUGCUGUCAGAGAUUCAUUGGUUCUUAGUUUCUUUGAUGCCAAGCUUUCAGUGUUGGAAUAUGAUCCAGCCACACAUAAUCUAAAAACAUCAUCAUUACAUCAAUUUGAAGAGAGUGAUUUAAAGGAUGGAUUUACGAGACCAGAAGGUAUACCUACUAUAAGAGUUGACCCAGAUGGUAGAUGUGCUGCUAUGUGUAUUUAUACUAAUAGAUUAGUUAUUUUACCAUUUAAAAGAGAUGUUGUUAUAGAUGAUAUAGAUCAAGCUACACCAGGAGGAACCACUACAUCUCCUAUAAUGUCUACAUAUAUUGUGGAUUUACGAAAACUCGAUGAAAAAAUAACUAAUGUAAAGGAUUUUCAGUUUUUACAUGGUUACCAUGAACCUACAGUUUUUAUAUUGUAUGAACCAUUACGUACUUGGGCUGGUCGUACAGCUGUUAGAACAGAUACAAGUUGUAUUGUAGCUAUAUCAUUAAAUAUACAGCAGAAAGUACAUCCUAUUAUCUGGCACAUCAACUCUUUACCUUUUGAUUGUUUUGGUUGUAUAGCUAUACCAAAACCUAUAGGUGGUGCUUUAUUGUUUGCCAAUAAUUCUUUACUAUAUUUAAAUCAGAGUGUACCACCUUAUGCUGUAUCAUUAAAUAGUAUAGCAGAAACAUGUUCAGCUUUUCCUCUACGUCCUCAAGAAGGUGUUCGUAUGGCAUUAGAUUGUUCACAAGCUACAAUGAUAUCUUAUGAUAAAUUAGUUCUAUCAUUGAAAGGAGGUGAACUUUAUGUAUUAACAUUAGUUGUUGAUGGAAUGAGAACUGUAAGAAGUUUUCACUUUGAUAAAGCUGCUUCUAGUGUUCUCACAACUUGUAUAUGUCAAUGUGAUGAUGGAUAUUUAUUUCUGGGAUCAAGAUUAGGUAACUCUUUAUUACUGAAAUAUACAGAGAAAGAUCAAGUGAAGACAGAUAAAACAGAUAUUGAUAGGAAGACAGCAGAACCUAGUAAUAAAAAGAGAAAGUUAGAAGGCAGUGAACAUCUAGCUAGUGAUGUAACAGAGAUAGAUAAUUUAGAUGAACUAGAAGUGUAUGGUGUUAGUGAAACAGCUAGUACAACUAUUACUUCUUACUCAUUUGAGGUAUGUGAUAAUAUAUGGAAUAUAGCACCAUGUGGACAGAUUGAGAUGGGAGAACCAGCUUUUUUAUCGGAAGAAUUUGGUAAUUCUGUAGAUCCUGACCUAGAGUUAGUCACUACAUCAGGCUAUGGUAAAAAUGGUGCUCUGUCUGUUUUACAGAGAAGUAUCAGACCACAAGUUGUAACAACAUUUGAACUACCAGAUUGUGUUGAUAUGUGGACUGUUUUUAAUCAACAAGAUGAUGAACAGCAGGUAGGUGAUGAGUCUGAAGAUUCCCCUAAACCAAUUAAAGGAGGUCAUUCAUUUCUGAUACUGAGUCGUCCAGAUUCCAGUAUGGUUCUUCAGACAGGUAAUGAAAUAAUGGAAUUGGACCAUAGUGGAUUUAGUACUCAGAGUCCGACAGUAUUUGCUGGUAAUAUUGGUGAUAAUAAAUAUAUAUUACAAGUUUCAACCAAUAGUAUUAGAUUACUAGAAGGAGUUAAACAGUUACAACAUAUACCACUAGAUACUGGUAGUAUAGUAGUGCAAUGUUCUGUAGCUGAUCCCUAUGUUGUUAUUAUGAUGGAAGAUGGACAGAUCAUGUUAUUAACAUUAAAACAGGAUAGUUACGGAUCAGGUGUUAGAUUAGCAGUCACUAGACCUCAAAUAUCUAUGAAAUCUAAGAUAUUAGUUGUGACAGCCUAUAAAGAUAUGAGUGGUAUGUUUACUACAUCUGAUAUUAAAGAUACAGAACUAGAUCAAGCUAUGGAUGAGAAACAUCAUGAGAAAGUUGUACAAUUAGAUGAUAGUAAUAUAGAAGAUGAAGAUGAAUUAUUAUAUGGUGCAUCAGAUACAUCAGUAUUUGGUACAUCAUUUACUGGUUCUUCAUCAGUACAAACAACAUCUACUGAUAAACGUAAAAAGAAGAAAGAAGCAAAAGAUAUCAUACCAUCUUAUUGGUCAAUAUUGUGUCGUGAAAAUGGCGAAUUGGAGAUCUAUUCUGUACCUGAGUUUAAAGCCUGUUAUUAUGUGAAGAAUUUCCCUGGUGGACAUCGUGUGUUAGUUGAUAGUGGACAAGAAGUUAAAGGACAGAAAGAGAGAGAAAGUUAUCUUGAAUUACCUAAAGUUAAAGAAUUAUUAGUUGUUGGUUUAGGCUAUAAUAAAUCACAUCCCUAUUUACUGGCACGUGUUGAAGAAGAAUUAUUUAUCUAUGAAGCUUUUCCAUUUCAACCAACACAAAGUGAUAAACAACAUCACCUAAAAAUCCGAUUUAAAAGAUUUCAACAUGAUUUGAUAUUAAAAAGUCGUAAAACUGGUAAAAGUAAAAAAAAAGGUGAAAUGGAAGAAGUUAUACCAAAGAAGAGUUUUGUACAAUCAUUAAGAUAUUUUGAUGAUGUUUCUGGGUAUGCUGGGGUAUUUGUAUGUGGUGCCUAUCCACACUGGUUAUUUAUGACAACUAAAGGUGAAUUAAGAGUACAUCCUAUGAAUAUUGAUGGUUAUGUUGUUUGUUUUACUCAGUUUAAUAAUGUCAACUGUCCUAAAGGUUUUCUAUAUUUUAAUACACAGAAUGAAAUGAGAAUCUGUAUCCUACCUACUCAUGUUACCUAUGAUGCUCCCUGGCCAGUACGUAAAUUACCAUUACGCUGUACACCACAUUAUAUAGGAUAUCAUACAGAUAGCAAGACAUAUGCUGUAGUAACUAGUAGACAAGAAAUAUUUAAUAAACAAUCUAAAAUAACUCAACUAGAUGAACGAGAAUUUGAAGUGGUGGAGAAAGAUGAAAGAUUUGUGUAUCCAACUGAUGAUGUUUUUACCUUACAAUUAUUUACACCAAGUACCUGGGAAGUUAUACCUAAUUCACAUUAUGAGUUUGAAGAAUGGGAACAAGUAACAUCAUUAAAAUGUGUUAAGUUAAAAUCAGAAGGGACUGUAUCUGGAUUAAAAGGUUUUAUAGCUGUUGGUACUAUGUAUUGUUAUGGUGAAGAAAUCAGCUCUAAAGGACGGGUAUUGAUAUUUGAAGUAAUUGAAGUAGUACCUGAACCUGGUCAGCCAUUGACUAAAACUAAAAUUAAGUUAUUACUAGAGAAAGAACAGAAAGGUCCAAUCACAGCAAUGGCUGAUUGUAAUGGUUAUUUAGUGACUGCUAUAGGACAAAAGUUAUAUAUGUGGACCUUAAAAGAUCAUGAUUUAGCUGGUGUAGCAUUUAUUGAUACUUAUGUUUAUAUCCAUUCAUUAUGUACUAUUAAAAACCUAAUAGUAGCUGGUGAUUUAAUCAAGAGUAUAGCUGUAUAUAGGUAUCAGGAAGAUUAUAAAGUUUUAUCAUUAGCUAGUCGAGAUAUUAAACCAUGUGAAGUUUAUGGAGUUAAUUUUCUGGUAGAUAAUAAUGUUUUAAACUUUGUUGUAUCAGAUAGAAAUAAGAAUAUUUUAGUUUAUAGUUAUCAACCAGAAGCUAGAGAGAGUGUUGGUGGACAGAGAUUAAUAAGAAAGGCAGAUUUUAACAUGGGUUCACAUAUUAAUUCAUUUUUCCGUGUUCGGUGCAAAUUAUCUGAUCCUUCCAUUGAUAAAAAGACAUUAGCAUUGGUUGAAAAUCGACAUGUUACUUAUUUUGCUACACUGGAUGGCAGUCUAGGGUUCUUACUACCAGUAACAGAGAAAGUCUAUAGAAGAUUAACUAUGUUACAGAGUAUAAUGUUAACUUUAAUACCACAUCUAGCUGGUCUCAAUCCUAAAGGAUAUAGAGCUAUUAAAACAACAUUCCCUGAGUUAUCCAAUCCCUGUAGAAAUAUAUUAGAUGGUGAAUUAUUAUGGAGAUUUGUUCAUCUCAGUCAUAAUGAAAAGAAUGAAGUUUCUAAAAGAAUUGGUACAUCUACUGAUCAGCUAAUGGAUGAUUUGAUGGAAAUCAACCGAGUCACAGCACAUUUUUAA